AUGGAGUUAGUUCGCUGCACGGCCCGCGCGGCUGCGCUCGUACAGGCCAAUCGACUGAGCGCGGCGCAAGUGCUCCUGCGGGACGCUCUCAAGCGGCAACCGCUCGCGGGCUUCGAUGACGUUGCAGUGGCCCAGACCCAGCACGAGUUGGGGACGACGUUGCGGCUCACGGGAGCGCUCGACGAGGCGCUCGACGUCCUCACGGCGGCGCUCGACGUGCGUGACCGCUGGGACGCGUCCAUGGGCAUUGGAAUCGCUCUGCGCGACGGGAACCUCACGCGCGAAGAGGUGGCCAAAGUGCACGAGGCCAAAGGCGACUGUGCGACGGCGCUGAGCGUUCGGCAACCGGGUGCGCGCGUGUGCGGCAACGAGGCGUGCAAGGCACUCGACUAUCGGGACGAGACGCUGCAGGGCUGCAGCCGGUGCAAGUGCGUGUUUUACUGCUGCAAGCCGUGUCAGCGGCAGGACUGGAAGACGCGGCACAAAGGCUGUUGUCGGGCUGUUGAGGCAGACGCGGGGAGAGCGAGCAAAGACAUGAGUCGACUGAGUGUAACGGACAGUCGAAGAUGA